GCCGGCUGUCCCGGAGACAUGGCGGGGCGGAGCCGAAGCCACCGCCUCCCGUGCCAUAUAAGCCAAGUUUCGUUCCUGUUUUGGGCUCCUUGGGCUGUCCUUGCCGUCGGUUUCGGGUUGCCAGGAGGCUGGCCCGCUCGGCCGGAGCCAUGGAGCCGUGGGGGGAGCGGCUGUCUUUCCAGGCCUUCCUCCGCCAGCUCCCACCCGGGGCGGCGUAUGGCUACCGCGGGGAGAGCCCCGAGGGGCUGCGCCAGAGGGAGUUCGCCAGGCUAGGAGGAAUCACUUACCUUGACCAUGCAGGAACGGCACUCUUCCCACAGAGUUUACUGAAAACCUUCACUGAGGACCUCUGUGAAAAUGUUUAUGGAAAUCCUCACAGCAAGAACAUCAGCAGUAAAGUUACAUAUGACACUAUCGAACACGUCCGAUACAGGAUAUUGCAGCACUUCAAUACAACGACAGAAGAUUACACUGUCAUUUUCACCUCAGGAAGCACAGCAGCGCUGAAGCUCAUUGCAGAAGCUUUUCCCUGGGCACCUGAAAUUUCAGAGAAUCCUGGCAGCCGGUUUUGCUACCUCACUGACAGCCACACAUCUGUAAUAGGCAUGAGAGGGGUUCCUGCUGCAAAGAAUGUCUUGUUUGUUCCAGUAAAGCCAAAGGACAUGUUUUCAGACGUCAAUGGCAUGAUAGCUGAAGAGAAGAGCUGCCAAACGCUUCAUCUUUUCUGUUAUCCUGCUCAGAGUAAUUUUUCAGGGACUAAGUAUCCCCUUGAGUGGAUAGAACAGAUAAAAUCUGGAAAGCUCUGCCCCAUCAAGGUUCAGGGGAAAUGGUGUAUAGUCUUGGAUGCAGCCUCUUACGUCAGCACCUCUCCAUUAGACCUAAGUGCUCAUCCAGCAGAUUUUGUGCCACUGUCAUUCUAUAAGAUAUUUGGAUUUCCCACUGGUUUAGGUGCCCUGCUGGUAAAGAAUGACAUUGCUUCUUGCUUAAAGAAAACCUAUUUUGGAGGAGGAACAGCAGCUGCAUAUCUAGCAGAAGAGGAUUUUUAUUUACCAAAACAAUCAGUGGCUGAAAGAUUUGAGGAUGGUACAGUUUCUUUCCUUGAUAUUGUUGCACUGAAGCAUGGAUUUGAUGCCUUGGAAAGACUUACAGGUGGAAUGGAGAACAUAAAACAACAUACAUUUGCUUUAGCUCACUACACCUAUAGAGUUCUCUCUUCCUUAAAAUAUGCUAAUGGAGUACCUGUUGUGCAAAUUUACAGUGAUACUGACUUCAGUAGCCCAGAUGUCCAGGGUCCAAUCAUUAAUUUUAAUGUACUGGAUGAAAAUGGAGAUAUAGUUGGUUAUUCCCAGGUAGACAAGCUGGCUGGACUCUACAACAUCCACUUGCGCACGGGAUGUUUUUGUAAUACUGGAGCUUGUCAACAGCAUUUGGGGAUCACCUCUGAUGACAUCAGAAAGAACCUCCAGGCUGGUCACAUUUGUGGAGAUGACAUUGAUAUAAUUGAUGGAUGUCCCACUGGUUCAGUGAGAAUCUCCUUUGGCUAUAUGUCAACAUUUGAAGAUGCACGUACUUUUCUGAACUUCAUUAUAACCACCAGACUCUCUGGCUGCAGUGUAGUUCAUGUCCCAAGAGAGAAUAUUUCAGAGUCUCUAGCAUCUGCUCAAGAUAAUAGCCACACUUCUAAUAGCAACGGUGUAAAAAGCAUGCCUCUCAAAAGGAUAAUCAAGGAUUCCCAGCAUAGUACUCCUUCAGCUCCAGUGAUUAUGCCAACCAAUCUACAGCCCACAAAGAGGCAUCCAGAAAGAGGCCUGCCUGAUGUUUUUGGAACGUCAGCGGAAGCACAGCUGCAUGGUAGAAGGCCAGUCACUGUAACCAACAUUUAUCUCUACCCAAUCAAAUCAUGUGCUGCUUUUGAGGUUAUAGAGUGGCCUAUUGGCAAUCAAGGCUUGUUGUAUGACCGCAGUUGGAUGGUUGCAAAUCAGAAUGGAGUAUGCAUUACUCAAAAGCAGGAACCAAGACUGUGCCUUGUACAACCCUUGAUUGACCUGGAGCAGGAUGUGAUGAUCAUCCAGGCAGAAGGGAUGGAGCCUAUCUCUGUGUCCUUAGAAGAAAACAGUGGAGGCCUAACCAAGAUCUGUCAAAGCAAAGUCUGCUCGCAUAGAGUACAGACAUAUGACUGUGGAGAAAGAGUGGCUGAUUGGUUUUCUACAUUUCUUGGCCGGCAGUGUCGCCUCAUCAGGCAGAGUUCAGACUCCCAAAGAAAUGCUAAUAAGAAAGAUGAAACAGUACAGACAUAUGACUGUGGAGAAAGAGUGGCUGAUUGGUUUUCUACAUUUCUUGGCCGGCAGUGUCGCCUCAUCAGGCAGAGUUCAGACUCCCAAAGAAAUGCUAAUAAGAAAGAUGAAACAGCUGCAGCUGCGCCACUGUCUCUAGUGAAUGAAGCACAGUAUCUCCUUGUAAACAGGACAAGUAUUUUAAAACUGAAAGAUCAAGUUGCUGAAAGAUUAGGUGAACCGCUUCUCAUGGAACAACUCAUUGGUCGCUUCCGUGCCAACAUUGUCAUCAGUACGAAUGAGCCAUUUGAAGAAGACCUGUGGGAGGAGAUUGCUGUUGGUACUCUCACUUUCAAGGUCAUGGGCCCUUGUCACAGGUGUUUAGUUAUCUGCAUUGAUCAACAAACCGGCCAACGGAACAAGGAAUUUCUUCAGAGCCUGUCUGCCAUUAAAGACAGAAAGACAAACUUUGGAAUAUACCUCAUGAACUACCCUGGGAGACCAAUCUCCAGUCCAGCAAUCUUGUCAGUGGAAUCUCCAGUACUGACAAUGGUUAAGAAGAGCACCACAUCUUCAUCACCCAUUGAAAAGCAAAAGUCAGGAUGAUUCCUCUGUUAAGUCUGCAAAUGGAGCCAUCUUGCAGAGUGUUCAAAUUUGUUCUGAACAUGGAAAGCUUUCUCCAAUAUUGUCAGUAAAAUGUCAACUGUUUGCGAACAAUCAAUAAUCAAGUGGCAUAUCAAGUCAAACUGCAUUUCCUUUUGUGAUUCUUUAGAGUAGUUUUCUUUAAAAUAGGACAGCAUCAAAAAAAAAAAGAUAUAUUGCAGGGUAAUAUAUUUGCAUUCAGAGUUUCCACAAAGACCAUAUCAUAUGCAAAAUAUGGAUUUCUUUUGAGGGGUGUUCACCUAGAGGCACAAAGGUAGGAGCAACAACAGGAUGGCUGGGGUAAAAAGGUUGCAAGAGAACAAUGAAUCUGCAUAAAGUUGCAGUUUCUCUAAGUGAAUGAAGGCACAGGAUUACAGAGUGGGAUCCCUAGCAAAGAAACAAGAUGGACACAGCUCUUAAACUCUUUCAUUCACAAUUAUACUUUGAGGUUGUUUCUUUCUAUACCUUUCAUACAGAAAUUAACUGCAUCUGUUGAGGAUAAGCUUCAUUCCUAACUGUGUCCUCACUCACAAUUCUUGUUCAUGCUAGAGUGAGCAGGAAAAGCAUGGGUGUCCCUUUCUUAUUUUUAGUAAAAACGCUAACAUUAACUUCUCAAUUUUCGUACUUUUCCUAACGUCAUCCAUUUUAU